ACUAAUAUACUAAGCUUAUGAUUUAGUUUCAACAGUUUCGAUGGCUACUCCUACCCAAGAGGAGCAGCAGCUUCACUUUGUGGUGUUUCCCUUCAUGGCUCAAGGCCAUAUGACCCCUAUGAUUGACAUUGCUAGAUUGCUGGCACAGCGAGGCGUGAUUAUAACCAUCAUUACAACGCCUCGAAAUGCAGCAAGAUUUAAGGCAACCCUCGAUCGUGCCAUGGAAUCGGGGCUCUCCAUCCGUCUACUCGAGUUUCAGUUUCCAUGUGCCGAAUUUGGAUUGCCGGAAGGGUGCGAGAGCUUUGACAUGCUGCCUUCCUUUAGCUUAGCCUUGAAUUUCUUCCAAGCAGCCAACAUGCUCGAAAAACCAGUCAGAAAACUGUUCCCUGAGCUAACGCCACGCCCCACCUGUAUCCUUUCUGAUGUGUUGUUGCUCUACACGCUCGACAUUGCCAACCAGUUUCAGAUUCCGCGUAUCGUGUUCCAGGGAGUUUGUUGCUUUCUUCUUGUUUGUCUCCAUAAUUUACGUAUCUCCAACGUACUUGACCAAGUAACCUCCGAGACAGAGUACUUCGUUAUGCCUAACAUGCCCCACGAAGUUGAGUUCACUAAAUGCCAAAUCCCACAAGUUUUGCAUGAAAACCUCAAGCAAUUUUCUGAGGAACGGAAAAAGGCAGAUCUCGAGUCUUACGGUGUCAUCGUAAACUCUUUUGAAGAGAUGGAACCUGAAUAUGUUAAGGAAUACAAGAAGACAAGAAAGGACAAAGUAUGGUGCAUUGGUCCGGUUUCUCUAUGUAACAAGGAGGCAAUGGAUAAAGCUCAGAGAGGCAACAAGGCCUCGGUUGAUGAACAACAGCUCUUGGGAUGGCUUGAUUCUCAAAAACCAGGUACCGUAAUCUAUGCCUGUCUGGGAAGCAUAUCGAAUGUGACACCCCCACAAACAAUACAGCUCGGUUUAGGCCUAGAGGCAUCCAAUAGGCCAUUUAUUUGGGUUAUAAGAGGAAGUGAUGCAUCAAAUGAAUUAGACAAGUGGAUUUCAGAGGAUGGUUUCGAGGAAAGAACGAAAGGAAGAGGGCUUGUGAUCCGGGGUUGGGCGCCGCAAGUGCUAAUACUGUCGCAUCCAGCUAUUGGAGGGUUCUUAACUCAUUGUGGUUGGAACUCGACGAUCGAAUGCAUCUCCGCCGGUGUUCCAUUGAUAACUUGGCCGCUUUUUGCAGAUCAGUUUGCCAAUGAGAAACUGGCUGUACAAAUUCUUGAAAUCGGAGUGAGGGUGGGAGUAGAGGAGCCAAUGAGGUGGGGCGAAGAAGAGAAAAUUGGAGUAUUAGUGAAGAAAGAAGAUGUUAAAGAGGCUAUUGAAAAGCUGAUGGAUAAAGGAGAGGAAGGAGAAGAGAGAAGAAAGAGAGCUAAGGGACUAGGAGAAAUGGCAAAUAAGGCUGUUGAAAUAGGGGGAUCUUCUCACCUCAACAUUACACGGUUAAUCCAAGAUAUCAGGCGAAGGGCUAAUGAAAGGAAGCAACUUAGCACCUGAGACGACGCAGCAACGUCGUAUCUCCAUUGUAAUUUUCUUUACACAGAUUCGGACAUAUCUCCAAAUACACGAAACAAUUUAGAAAAAAUAGAACAUACCCAACAUGAGUCACCCACUCGUAUAACUGGAGUUAGUUCAUGGUCACUUGUAUGCAUUGCUAUGAAUACCCGAGAAAUAUAUUUAUAAAAUGCAAA